AAGGACCCCAAGAUUCCGCCAAAGAAUAAAGCAACACCGUACCAAAUGAUACCGAAAGGAAUUGAACCUUUCCACCGAAACUUUAAACCGCCCAAUGAAACGCUUGGUCAAAAACGAAUCAUUGAGGACAGAUCAUUUACACUCGGAUCUGCCCCACGAGCGGCCACAACAUUCUCAUAUAGUCCACAAGUGGCGGGGACUAUCCCGUUUAAAUUCAAUAAUCACGAAUUAGAGCUACAGAUUAUGUACGACCUCCAAAACGAUCAUAAAGAAUCUGACCAAAUAAACGGACAAAGCAACAACCAUCGCCCAAUGAAACGCUUGGACAGAUCAUUUACACUCGGAUCUGCCCCACGAGCGGCCACAACAUUCUCAUAUAGUCCACAAGUGACGAGGACUCUUCCGUUUAAAUUCAAUAACCACGAAUUGGAGCUACAGAUUAUGUACGACCUCCAAAACGAUCAUAAAGAAUCUGACCAAAUAAACGGACAAAGCAACAAACAUUGCCCAAUGAAACGCUUGGUCAAAAAUGAAUCAUCGAGGACAGAUCAUUUACACUCGGACCUGCCCACGAGCGACCACAUCAUUCUCAUAUCGUCCCAAGUGGUGGGGACUAUUCCGUCAUUUAAACUCAAUAAACACGAGGGGAUUACAAUUAAUGUAUGA